UAUUGUGAAAUAGGGCUUGUUACAUGGUUUGCACUUCCGGUUGGAGGGUUGCGCUUCCUGUUCCUCCUGCAUUGAGGAAGACGUCCUUACCAGGGUUCCAGCUGCACUUGCUGCUAGCAUCUGAAUUUGUUCUUAAAGAGGAAAUGACAUGCCAGUGUCCGAAGAUGUCAGACGGUGCUUAUGAUAUGGAUGUGGACCAGAAUUAUUUUGAAGAGGAAGUCAGACUGGCGUCCUUUGCUAACUUCCCAAGUAGCUACCCGGUCUCUGCUCCAGCACUAGCGCGGGCCGGCUUCUAUUACACUGGAGAUGGAGAUCGAGUCAAGUGUUUUAGCUGCCUGGCUAUGGUUGAAGGCUGGCAGCAUGGAGACACGGCAAUUGGCAAGCACCGGAAAAUAUCCCCAAACUGUAAAUUUAUUAAUGGCUUUAAUAACUUACGAAGUGAUUGUAUCCAAACUCAAGUGCCUAUCAUGCAGAAUGGUUUUCAGAAUUCCGCUGAAGACUUGGCUGAGAGAUCUAGUUCUGAGAUUAUGGCAGACUACUUGCUAAGGACUGGAAGAGUUGUCGAUAUGUCAACACCAAAAUAUCCCAGGCAUAUGGAAAUGUGUAGUGAGGAAGCCCGACUGCAAACGUUUCAAAACUGGCCAGCCUAUUCCCCCUUAACACCAAAAGAGCUAGCCAAUGCAGGUCUUUUUUAUACAGGCAUCAACGACCAAGUCAAAUGCUUUUGCUGUGGUGGAAAACUAAUGAACUGGGAACCUAGUGACAAAGCGUGGACAGAACACAAAAAACAUUUUCCUGAAUGCUACUUUGUUUUGGGCCGUGAUGUUGGCAAUGUAGCUACCGAAGCCAAUACACAUGGUGGUAGGAGAAGAGGUUCUGAGUUGGCCUGCCCAGCCAUGAACGACUACAAUGCUCGUCUUGAGACCUUUUCAUCAUGGUCAUUUCCAAUUGACAAGGAAACACUCGCUAAAGCUGGAUUCUAUAGUAUAGGUGACGGAGAUGCCACAAAGUGCUUUCAUUGUGGGGGAGUGUUAAAUUGUUGGUCGGCAACAGAUGAUCCUUGGGAAGAGCAUGCCAAGGCAUAUCCUGGAUGCAAGUUCCUGAUUGAUGAAAAGGGACAGCACUUUAUAAAUCAUGCCCAGUUAAAGAGACCCAUUCUACACAAGGCAAACUCUGCAGACGCAUCACCUGCAUUACCCAAAGACAGCAAUUUAUUGAAGAGCCCAUUGGUGACCAAUGCCCAGCAAAUGGGAUUUCCUCUUGAAGAAAUAAAGAAAGUUAUGGGGCAGAAGCUGAAGACCACAGGGAAAAAUUAUACAUGUGUGGAAGAAUUUGUCUCUGACUUGUGUGCUCAGAAAGAAACAGUUUUAGAGAAGCCCAAGGAAAUUGAGAUCAGCCUUGAAGAGAAACUGAGGCAACUAGAGGAGGAGAAGAUCUGCAAAGUUUGUAUGGACAGGCGGAUCUCCAUUGUUUUCAUACCCUGCGGCCACCUUGUGGCCUGUGCUGUAUGUGCAGAUGUGCUUGAUAAAUGUCCAAUCUGUUGCACUAUUGUAGAAAGAAGACAGAAAAUUUUUAUGUCAUAGCCUCACAUGCCAAAGCUCAGUUGGCGUUUAAGAAGAGGGGCACGUUUAAUUAAACAAAUCACAAUACUAAUUGUAAUGCAUGGACUGCAGAGGGGCAUGGCCAGAUAUUAAACAUAUUGACACUUCGUAAUGAGUCUCUGAAUCCUGAGGCAAAAUCUUUUAUUCAUUGUUGCUGAAAUGUUUUCAUAACAGUAGAAUAUAUUUUAUUGUUGAUUGAAUAGAGCUGAAGGUUAUAAGAUAUUGGAUCAAAAUUUCUGUUAAAAGAAAAAUUAUGUUGUAGAUAUAAAGAGAGGAGUGUAUCUUCCAUUUAUGUUCUCUCAAACAGCCAUUACAAUAAGAGGACACAGAAUGUUAUUUUCUAAAUAUUUGCAUUUAUUAAUGUCAGUGGGAGUUCCAUAUUGCUUGCAACAGCAUUUAGUUUUAUAAUGAAUAAAUGGUGCUGUAGCCAUAGUUGGAGAAUACUUCUGCCUAGACAAACAGUAUGGCUGCUUCAAGUUCUCCGUAAAAAGGCAUAUACACAGAGAGGGAAUACAUUGUGCCCACGUUUAGUAGCAUUGUCACUAUUUUCUCAUUGAGAAUAAAUGGAAGAAAAUCUCAAGUUCCUUGAAA